CCUUCCUAUACAGCACUUCAGCAAUGGCGAGUUCUCUGCGCAACUCCAAGAAAAGUAGAAGUCCACUCAUUGAAACCACAUUUAAGCUUCCUGCUGAUAUACCAGUUUGGCCACCAGGUGAUGGAUUUGCCACUGGUAUAAUUGACCUUGGAGGCGGGUUACUAGUAUCACAAAUUUCAACAUUCAACAAAAUUUGGACAACCUAUGAAGGAGGACCAGAUGAUCUUGGAGUUACAUUUUUUGAGCCAACAGGUCUAUCUGAAGGCUUCUUUGUUUUAGGACACUACUGCCAACCAAACAACAAGCCUCUUCAUGGUUGGGUUCUAGUAGGGAAAGAUGGCUCUUCAACCGCAAACGAAGCUUUGAAAAAACCACUUGAUUACAAAUUGGUUUGUAGCAUAAAGUCUUUGCAAAACAAACAAGAUGAACAAUGCUAUAUUUGGUUACCAAUAGCAUCUAAUGGCUAUAAAGUUGUUGGCCAUGUUGUCACAACUUCACAAGAGAAGCCUUCAUUAGACAGAAUCAUGUGUGUUCGAUCAGAUCUAACCGAUGAAUGUGCCAAAUACAAGUCAGUGAAGCUUUGGGGGACAGAUAACAAGAGGUUCAAUGUUUAUGAUGUUAGACCAAUCAGUAGAGGUAUUGAAGCUAAAGGUGUUUGUGUAGGAACCUUCCUAGCUCAAAGUGGAAGGACAAAGACAAAUUCUAAAACUUUGCCUGUUGUUUGUUUGAAAAAUACCAAUGCUAAUAGAUUUUCUUCCAUGCCUAAUUUACAUCAAAUCGAAACAUUGAUCAAAGCUUACUCUCCUUAUUUGUACUUACACCCUAAGGAAAAUUACCUUCCUUCUUCUGUGGAAUGGUUUUUCAUCAAUGGAGCAUUACUCUGCGAGAAAAAUAAGGGUGUUAUUAAUAAGAGUCCAAUAGAACCAACCGGUUCAAACCUCCCUCAAGGAUCUUUAUCUAUAGACAGACUCAGCCAUAACUAUUGGCUGGACCUGUCUAUGGAUAAAGCUGAGAAAGAAAGACUGAAAAAAGGAGACUUACAAAGUUCCAAAGCUUAUAUUCAUGUAAAACCAAUGCUAGGAGGAACUUUCACUGAUAUAGUGAUGUGGAUAUUCUAUCCAUUUAACGGGGGUGCAAAAGCAAAAGUGGCAUUCUUAAACAUUCCAUUGAGGAGUAAAGGAGAACAUGUCGGGGAUUGGGAGCAUGUAACAUUAAGAGUAAGCAACUUUAGUGGAGAAUUAUGGAGUGUUUAUUUAUCACAACAUAGUAAGGGCCAAUGGGUGGAUUCAUGUGAGCUUGAGUUCCAAAAUGGUAAUAGGCCUUUGGUGUAUUCUUCAUUGCAUGGCCGUGCAUUGUUUCCUAGGCCAGGGUGUGUUAUGCAAGGUGCUAGAGGGUUUGGUAUAAGGAAUGAUGCAUGUAAAAGUGAGUUGGUGAUGGAUAUGGUUAAAGGGUUUGAAAUAGUUGGUGCUGAAUAUUUGGGGUCACAGAUUAGAGAGCCACAUUGGUUGAACUAUGAGAUGAAUUGGGGUCCAAAGGAAGGGCCUAAGGGUCCAAAACAGAAGGACUUCUGGAAAGGUGAUGAACGCUGAGGUUACCCUUUUACUUCUGUUUAAUAUUGAUUGUUUAUUUUUUUCCUUCAUAAACAGGUAUCAAAUGUAAAUGUUUACUUAAGAUCUCUUGUUUCUUAUUGAUGAAAAU